UCCAGCUCAAUUGAUAUUGAAAUUGUUUCUAAAACUUGGAGCUGAUUAUAACAAAAAGAAAUGUACAGUUGGAAUUUCUAAAGAUACUUCGGCCAGCAAAAAGCGUCUCUUUCUUUUUCCUUGAAGAAACCAAGGCAGAGCCAGAGCCAGAGCCAACCUUUGUUCCUCCACUCAUGUAUAUAACAUAACACAAACCUCCAAAGAACUUCUAUCAAACCCAAGAGAGAGAGAGAGAGAGAGAGAGAGAGAGAAGGAAAGAAUCUGUGAUGGCUAAGAAGGCAUGGUUCUUGAAGAAGGUAGGGAUCAGCAAGGAUCAGCUAUGGCCGUGGAGAAUCUCAAUCUCUUCUUUCAAGUGGAAACGUCUUGAUUUUCAGUUGAAAAUUAUUGAUAAUUUGGUCUUCAAGAUUCUUUAUGUUGUUGAAGCUAUUGUUCUUGUCUCUACCCUCUGCUUCUUCUAUCUCUGCUGUGGCUGUAAAUUUUGAUUCUUUAUUUCUUUCUCUUUUCUUUAUUCAUCUAUUUUUGCAUUCAUUUGUUGUUUCUUCUUCAAUAUUGGUUAGCAUAUUCAGUUUCCUGGGUUUCUUGAUGGUAUUACUCUGUAUUUAUUUAGCUUCUCUAAUUCUUUGAUUUUAUUAUAGCCCAAAUAAAUGCUAUACUGAUUUUUUUUUCUAUAAUUAAAA